CGCGGCCUGGAAAUUUUGGGUUCUGAUUUGCUCCAGCAGGGUUCACGGUGGAAACCAGCAUUCGGCGCAAAGAAUCCCUGUUUCUUGUGUUGUUCUUUUGCUAGAAAAGUCUAGACAAUUGCAUUCUGUCUCUCUCUUUGCAAACUCCUUUUUCGAUAGUAUCAUGAAGUUGUCGGUUGCGGUGGCUACCUGGAUCUGUCUCGCGCCCUCGGGCGUCGCCGCGUUUGCGCCGCAGCCCAAGGCGGCGUUUACCAAGGCAGCCCUGUACGGCUACCUCGACGAUCUUUCCGACGAAUUGAACUCUCCCAGUGCCAAUCCCAAUAUUGAAGAAGAAUCGCGUGAAUUCACCAAUUUAUCGCCCGACAAAGUUGUCAACGGUGGAGUGGGCGACUGGUCCCAGUUUGUGGAUUUUGACGAAUUCGAUGGUGGGGAUGGUCAGAUGGGUGUUGCCGGCGAUGGCAAGAAGGGACUCGAAAAGGAAUGGACCGGAGCCACGCAAAUGGCCAAAUCCAAGACCAUGUCGGCCAAGAACGCCUGGGGAAAAAGCACGGGUUACGCCGAGAAGCUGAUUGACGAAAAGGGUAUGGAUACCUCUCGGGCGCAGCAGUUGGAGAAUUGGAUGAACCAACAAGAAGUCUUGGCCGAACGCAAGCAACACCGAUUCAUGACCGAAGACUACGACAAGGUUGAGACCGACGAGGAUUGGCGGAAUUUGUCCAAGUUUGGGGUGGAGCGAAAUCAGGAGUUCGAUUUAAACGAAGCCUUUGGUGCCGUCCAGCCUGGCAACGAUUUGCAGGGGGUGAUCGAACUCAACUCUCGUAUUAACCAGCCCAAAGUAUACGAAUUCAAGCUCAAGAACUCGUUCAUGGGCUUUUCAGAUUUCCGUGCCGCCUUUUCCGCCGGAACCCCGACGGACUGGGUCGUCGAGCCCACGGAGGGAUCGCUCAGUGGUAGGACGGAUACAGAUUUUAUCAUUCGGUUUCGUCCACAGAAUCCUGGUCUUUCCGAAGGAUACCUCGUCAUCGAUACCGAAGACGCCAAGUGGACUUGGAAACUCAUUGGUAAUACAUCCAUGUAAACAAUGCAGCAACACGUGUUCGUCCUUGCCUAAGCAGAGGUUGUGAAGUGGACAUUGCUCGAUGUCAUUUGCAUAAACGUUUAUACUGAACCGAAUCGUCAAGAGAGCGUUUUAGAGCUUUUCAUUGUGGAACAUUCUAUGAGAAUGGCGGGAAACGCUCGUCAAUUAUGGGACGUAGGAGUAGUCAAUGUUAGCUAGUUGGCUGAGAUUUUUUGUCUACCACUUCGCUGGUACGUUUCAUAGGCUUGCGUUGUAAAAUCGGUCAGUUUUGCUCCCUGAUGUGGUCUCAUCGCCCUGGAUUCGGUAUCCAUGAGUUGCCGAUUGUAGAAUGGCAAAAUGAAAAGGGAAUGCUAUGGGUGCAUUUUCUGGUUGAUUGUUGUCUGUGAAAACUUCGGCUUGGUACCUGGGCGCCGCUGUUCACUGCCAUCGUCUCGGAGCGUCCAUUUCCUCCAAUAGCAAUCCAAACUGUGUGGGUCUUGAUCCCGAAACCCGGAUUGAUUCGAGUAGGUCAAACAAUACUCGUU